GCGUAAAUUUUAAUUUAAUUAAGAUUUAAGUUCCUUGGGCGUUGCCCUUGUUUCUGAGCUGGUUUUUUGUAAACAACCAAACACAAGACCUGCCAUUGGCUCUGAUUCCACACAAUGCCUCCAAAGAAGAGACAAAGAAAGACAGCAGCUGCCAAAGAAGAAGAUGAGCCCACGACUAGUGCAGUAGCUCCUCUGAACCCAGCAGCCCUUACUGUCACACAAUUAAGAGCUGAACUGAGUAAAAAAGGACUCGACACGACUGGAAAGAAAGCACUGCUAGUUCAAAGACUCACUGACUCUUUGAAGUCGUCCGAUGAGCCAUCCACUACCAAAAAAGCAAAGACAGAAGACCCAGCAGAGGAUGAGGGAGAGGAGGAGAUUGACACGACUGAAGGCGAACUGACGUAUAGCAAAGCAGCUGCUGCUCUUAGACAAGCCGACAAGAAAGAGAAAGGAAAACGACAAAGAACUGUAGACACACACAUACCCUGGUACACCAAUUACGAGGUUGUUGAUGAUUGGGACUGCAUGCUGAAUCAGACGAACAUUGGACAUAACAACAACAAGUUCUAUGUUAUUCAACUACUUAGUAAUAAAAACUCGGGCUAUUUUCACGUAUGGAAUAGGUGGGGCCGUGUCGGAGAGCCUGGCAUGAAUGCAAUGAAAGGCCCUUUCCACGCAAUGGAUGCCGCAACAAAGGAAUUCGCCAAAAAGUUCAAAGACAAGACAAAGAACGACUGGUCCGACCGGGACUCCUUCACCCCUCACGCCGGGAAAUACACACUCAUUGAAAUGGGAGGGGACGACGAUGAGGAUGAGCCAAUGGAUGUAAUUGAGGACGUGGAUACGGGUAAACCGAAGAAGAUCAAACCCUGUACUCUGGACAAGCCAACGCAGAACCUGGUCAAACUUAUCUUUGACAACGACAUGUUCCGAGAAGCCAUGAAGACUCUUGAAAUUGACACAAAGAAAAUGCCAUUAGGGAAACUCAGCAAAGCACAGAUUGCAAAAGGAUUUGAGGCACUAGAGGCACUAGAAUCGGCCCUCCAGAGUAAAGCUUCAAGAGCUAAACUUAGUGAACUCUCGUCAAAAUUUUACACAAUCAUUCCUCAUGAUUUUGGUCGCCGGAUACCACCUGUCAUUGACAACCAGGAGCACCUGCAGAAGAAAUUUGACAUGUUAACUGUGCUAGGAGAUAUAGAGAUAGCUCAGUCGCUACAGAAAGACAAGAUUAAGACAGAGCAGCCCGAUAUUGAAGAGGUUCCCCAUGAGUUUGACGUCAACUACGCCUCGCUAAAAGCAAAACUGGAGCACGUGAAGAAGGAAGACUCUGACUACAAGAUAAUAGAGACCUAUCUUAGACAGACCGAGCCUUCUUAUCGUAAACUGGAAAUAGUUGAUAUAUGGCGAGUCAGUAGAGAUGGAGAGGCUGAAAGGUUUUCUGUUCACGACUCCAUUGAGAACAGACGACUUUUAUGGCAUGGAACUAACGUUGCUGUCGUUGCCGCCAUUUUGAAAAGUGGUCUACGUAUAAUGCCUCACUCUGGGGGAAGGGUCGGCAGAGGAAUUUACUUUGCCUCUGAAAACAGCAAAUCUGCAGGAUAUGUUGGAUGUGCUAAUAAUAUUGGGAUCAUGUUUCUCAAUGAGGUUGCAUUGGGAAAAGAGCACUCCAUCACUCGAGAUGAUUCUUCUUUGGUCAAAGCACCUGCCGGUCAUGACAGUGUUGUAGCUAGAGGUCACACUGAACCAGACCCAGCUCUAGACACUACUAUUACCAUAGAUGGUAAGACUGUUACUGUACCACAGGGCAAGCCUAAGAGUCAACAAAAAUACUCCACAAGUUCUUUCUCUCAGACUGAGUAUUUGAUCUACAAGGAGAGUCAGAAUAGGAUACGUUAUCUCUUGAAGCUCAAGUUUGGCGGUCAUAGUUUCUUUUUUUAGAUAGAGAGAAAUUUUAAUAGAAGGGACAAAUUAGCAAAUAGACAUAGAGAUUUAUUAUGAAAAUUAUAUUAUUAGACUGUUAUUAUUAUUAUAUACAUUGACUUUAUAGAGAGUGUUGUACAAAUGAUAGAUCUAUUUAUUGUCUUUUUUUGGUGGUAACUUCAAAUCCUUUA